AUGUCUUGAUUUUAAGCUAAUCAACGAAUUAGAGCGAAAAGUUGAAGCAAUUUAAACUAAUUGUCUUUCCCAAAAUGCUUUGUAAUGUAUUUUGUGGCUAACCCCUAAAGUUUUGCUUAAGCAUCAUUAAAUUAAACCCCUUUUUCACUUUUUCUUAUUUCUUUUAAGAAAAGCCAACAAAUGAGUCAUUCUUGAGAGAAGAAUACGAGAAACAAAGAGCCUCUGAAAUCCCAGAUCUCUCUUUGGAACCCAUAUUUCUAAGGAAAAUGGUGCACAAAUCGUUGAUCUAUGCAUUUGUAUCUCGUGGGGAAGUUAUCUUAGCAGAAUAUACUGAAUUCAGUGGUAAUUUCAAUUCCAUAGCUUUUCAAUGCCUCCAAAAGCUUCCUUCUUCCAACAACAAGUUCACUUACAACUGUGAUGGCCACACCUUCAAUUACCUUGUUGACAAUGGCUACAGUUAAGUUCUCUUUUUCUAUUCUUAUUCAAGGAAUUUAAAUUUCGGGUUCUUCAUUUUUAGAGUUUAGGGUCUUUCGGAAUUGAGUGCAAAAGCGAAAUGCAAGUGAAGCUUGGAUUUGGUUUUUUUUUCCCCAUUGGAUUUCACUACCUAGAGGGAUAAGUUUGGAUUUGGUUUUGUUGCUUUACUUUUAAUUAAGUUCAGCUCUGGUUAUUGUGCAUUAUAGCAUUUGAAAGUACUCAGAUUGACUGCUUAGUAAACGAGGCUUUAUUAUGGUGAAGCAGAAAAGGGGAAGAGGGAUUGCAUAUUGUGUUGUUGCAGAUGAAUCAGCUGGAAGGCAAGUACCGAUUGCUUUUUUGGAGCGUGUCAAGGAGGACUUUGUGUCAAAAUAUGGUAGUGGAAAGGCUGCUACUGCUCCUGCCAACAGUCUGAACAAGGAAUUUGGGCCAAAACUAAAAGAACAUAUGCAGUACUGUGUUGAGCAUCCUGAAGAAAUAAGCAAGCUUGCUAAGAUCAAAUCUCAGGUUUCUGAAGUCAAAGGUGUUAUGAUGGAGAACAUAGAGAAGGUGUUGGAUAGAGGGGAAAAGAUAGAGCUGCUAGUGGAUAAAACAGAGAAUCUUCAUCAGCAGGCUCAAGACUUCCGGAAUACUGGGACGAAAAUCCGUAGAAAAAUGUGGCUACAAAACAUGAAGAUCAAGCUGAUUGUUCUAGGAAUACUGAUUGCAUUGAUCCUCAUCAUUGUCCUCUCUGUUUGCCAUGGUUUCAACUGUGGUGGAAAAUGAGUGCUAUCUUUAUUAGGCUUAUUAUUAGAGUUUUCACCAGAGCUAUUAUGAUAAUAUUGUGAUGAAAAGAUCAAAAAAUAUUUAAUAUGAUUUCAUAUGCUAUAUAUAAGAUUAGCAAUCACCAGAUGUUUGGUGCAAGAUAUUUUUGGAUGUGAGCAAACCCUGUAAGUGCUUAUUGCAAUACAUGAAUUUGUUUUCUGCAACAA